AUGUUGACAAAUACAUUUGCGCAUGCCCCGAUCGUGAACGAAACAAAUCAUCAAUCAAGAAGAGUGUGCGGUAAAAUAGCUGCAAAAGCACAUAUAAUUUAGUCUCUAGUUCACGCACUAUGGCAGAUGGAUGGGCGAACUUUUCUUCUAAUGAUAGAAAUCAGAAUGGGCACCCUGUUGAAGACGAUGACUGGGAUGACUUUGGUGGGUUUGAAGGAGCAGAGCCAAUGCCGGCAGAAUUAGCACAACAGGAUGUUCCAAAUGAAGCAAGCCCAUCCCCAUGGGCCGUAUUCUCUGCAGGAGGUGCAGGAGGUGCAGCUCAACCAGAUUUACUUAUUGCUCCAGCUCAGCCUCCUCUACCAAAUAUGGAUAAUUUGUUCCUGAAUAAUUCUGCUCCUGAAGUCACUGCAAAUAGAGGAGGGUCUAUACCAUGUCAAGGGGCAGUUGGAGGGCCUCCUGAGAUAACUAUGCAAGCAGAGGCAUCUGUUCUUCAGGCUGUUGGACAAACGGAGGCUGACAGAAAGAAGUCAUCACUUAAUGAUAUCGAUGUUGACCUUGUUUUGGAUGAUAAUUUGGAUAUAAUAGGCUCAAGGAAGAAUAUUGGAUCUGCUGGUGUUGAUAGUAGUUCUCGAAAUAGUAAUCCUGUUUUGAGAAACCCACCAGUCAGCCAAUCUAACAACAGUUUCCUUGGUAAUCAUCAAGGAAGCUCAUCAGUGGAAGCAGCUCAGUUGUCUGGAAGAGUUGACAAUCUUCAAGAGCAGUUGUCCAUUGUAGAUAGAGAAAAAAAACGUUUACAACAGGAAUUGCAAGAAAUGGCCACCAGAAACGAGCAACUACAAGAGGAACUUGCGAAGGAAAUAACUGAAUUGGAAGAACAGAAAAAGAAGUAUAAUGAUUUAGAAUUAAAGCACAGCGGUGAUAUUGCAGAUCUUAGAAAAGCUGGACACGAUACACUAGCUAUUAUGUUGGAGGAGUAUAAGGGUUUGUGCAAAUGUGCAAUCUUAGAGCAACAGGAAGCUAAUGAACAGAGAUUAAAAGAAGCACUCACAAAAGAAUCAGAAAGAUGUGAAACAUUAAUGACAUCUCAGCAUGAGAGAUUAGUGAGUUUAUUAGAAGAAGAAAGAAAACGAAAUGAAGAACUAACUCGUACCACUAUAGCUGAACUUACGAAAAAACAUGAGGAAGAAAUUGAAAAUGUACUGAGUAUCCAAAAAUUAAAAACAGAAGAAGCAAACAAAAAGGCAAUAGAAAUGAUGACACAAACUCACAAGGAAUAUAUGGAGAAAUUAAUUGCAGAAGAAAAAGAAGAAUCCGCUGCAGUACUUGAGAAUGAAAGGAAAGCAAUUAUAGAAAUGAGCGAGAAAGAGAGAAUGAAAAGCAAGGAAGCACUGAACAGUGCACUGCAACAGGAGACGGACAAAUGCAAGGCUGCAAUUAAGGACGCGUUAGCUGAAGAGAGGAAAUCACAAGACGAAGCUAACAAAUUUGCAGCAGAGAAAACCAAAGCCAUCAUGCUGGAACAUCUUAAGGAACAAAAGAAGGCUGACAGUGCUGUCCGUCAGCGGUCUCUGGCAAGCAUUGAUUUAUUCCUAGAGGGCGCUAGACAGCAACUGCAAAUGUUACUCGAGUCGCCAGUACAGUUUUCCAAUGAAAAUGAUGCAAGUUCUUGAGGAAUGUCUUCAAUUUUGUAUUUAUUUAGGAUUUAUAGUAAAUUGUCACUCACAUCAUGAACUAAUGCUAACAUAGUAGUUAUUGAAAUGAAUUCAUUUUUUAUUGCUUGUAAUAGUUGUCAAAGCCUCUUGUAUUCUUAUAUGUAUUCAUGUAAAGUCAGUAGACAACAGUGCGUGUUUCAUCAUGCUUUUCUGUUUUCACAAACUAGACCAAACUACUUUGAUUUUGUUAGUUCAUGGUGUGAGUGAAAAAAUGUUGUAUCACAGAUUUAUAUUGGAAUUUUAAUAAUUGCUUAUUUGAAAUGGAACUUAUUUUGAUGAUGAUGGUCACUUAACAAGUGUGAUGGUCAUGAUUGUGACAAAUGCUAUGGUCACAUGACAAGUGUUAAGUACACUAUAAGGUGUCCUAUAAUUUUUAUUGUAAAUGCCGCUUCCCUUUUGCACAACUAUGAAAUAUUUAAUUAGCUAAGGACUUGCAGAUCUUUUAAUAAAACUGUAUGUUGGACAUUAAGGUAAUAAUUAUUACUCACUCUUAGUUUUAAACUUUUUAUUUGUUUUCUUUUAUAUAUAAAAUUCUUAAAUACUAUUUAGAAUUGAUGAGGACAAGAAUGAUUUGUAGUAAAACAUAAAUAUACUUUAGGUAUAUUGACUUUUAAUAUUUUUUUAUAAAGAAUCUUCAAAGGUUUAAA